GUGUGGGAUUCAAGCUGUAUUCGAAAUCCACUCUCUCUCUCUCUAUCUCUCUAUUUCUUUCCCCUUUCUCUUCACUUGCUCUGCUUCAAUAUGCCUAUAUAUACCGCUUCGCUUCACCUGGUUUUCUCCACACCACAACCCAACUAGUUACUGACACUAGUAGACCAACCAGACUAUAAACAAGAAGAAAAUUUAGGAAGGAUGUUUAUCUUCUGGUUCUCAUUUGCUUCAAUUCUAUUAAUCUUCCUUCUCCAUUCCCUUGUCAAAUUCUUCAAUCCCAACCCACGGAAACUCCCUCUUCCUCCUGGUUCCUUGGGUUGGCCUUACAUCGGCGAGACCUUCCAACUCUACUCUCAAGACCCAAAUGUAUUCUUUGCCUCUAAACAACUCAGGUAUGGCUCCAUCUUCAAAACCCACAUCUUGGGAUGUCCUUGCGUGAUGAUUUCGAGCCCGGAAGCAGCCAAAUUCGUUCUUGUCACAAAAGCUAAUCUCUUUAAGCCGACAUUUCCAGCUAGUAAAGAGAGGAUGCUAGGCAAGCAAGCCAUCUUCUUCCACCAGGGAGACUACCAUGCCAAGUUAAGGAAGCUUGUCCUUCGAGCUUUCAUGCCCGAAUCAAUCAAGAACAUAGUCGGAGACAUAGAGUCCCUUGCCGUCGACUCCCUUAAUUCUUUGGAAGGCAGAUUGAUCAACACUUUUCAAGAAAUGAAAACAUAUGCAUUCAAUGUUGCACUGCUCUCAAUACUUGGCAAGGACGAAGUCCUGUACAGAGAAGAUCUGAAGAAGUGCUACUACAUUCUCGAGAAGGGAUACAACUCCAUGCCCAUUAAUCUUCCGGGAACACUCUUCCACAAAUCAAUGAAAGCAAGACAGGGACUUGCCCAGAUCUUGGCCAAAAUCCUGUCCAAAAGGAGACAGAUGAAGCUCCAACACAACGACUUACUGGGAUCUUUCAUGGGUGAUAAAGAAGACCUCACUGACCAACAGAUAGCUGACAACAUAAUUGGAGUGAUAUUCGCCGCCCGUGACACCACAGCCAGUGUUUUGACAUGGAUUCUCAAGUACCUUGGAGAGAACCAGAGUGUUCUCCAAGCUGUCACUGAAGAGCAAGAGAGUAUAAGACAGAGUAAAGAGAAAUUUCUGAGGUGGGAGGAUACCAAGAAAAUGCCAAUGACUUCAAGGGUUAUCCAAGAGACACUCAGAGUUGCUUCAAUUUUAUCUUUUACCUUCAGAGAGGCUGUUGAAGAUGUUGAAUAUGAAGGAUAUCUUAUCCCAAAAGGGUGGAAAGUGUUACCCCUCUUCAGAAACAUUCACCAUAACCCGGAAAUCUUCCCAGGUCCUGAAAAGUUUGAUCCAUCCAGAUUUGAGGUCUCUCCAAAACCCAAUACAUUUAUGCCUUUUGGCAAUGGGGUCCACUCAUGCCCAGGAAAUGAGUUAGCCAAGCUGGAGAUUUCGGUUCUUCUCCACCACCUGACCACCAAGUACAGGUGGUCUAUGGUUGGUUCACAUAAUGGGAUUCAGUAUGGCCCUUUUGCUCUUCCCCAGAAUGGCCUUCCCAUCAAAUUACACAGGAAGAAAGACUGAUUACUUUCUAAAUAUAGAGAAAAUGGAUUGUCUACUUUCUUGAGAAGAGGAAUAAUGGCUUCCUUAGAGACAAAACAAAAAAGAAACAAAGAAAUGAAGCCAUGCAAGUGUACAGAAAAGUCUUCAUAUAUACUUUUAGGAUAUUAAUAUCAUAAGAGACCAAAAUGAUAAAAUUUUUGUAACUAGAUUUUCCCCCAGUUUAUAUCCUACUGCUUGUACUAUUACAAACUCCCCCCAAGGGCAGGAGUGUUGAAACUUUCAAUCAACAUAAAGUUCUGUUAUUUAUUUA